UAAAUGAAUAUGAAGGAAAUUAGAAGUGUUGAAAGACCAUUAUUUCCAUAAAGUCCAACCAUUAAUGAAACCAGCACCUGCCUUCAAAUUAGCAGGCAAUCCAGUCAAAGAUGGGCUAGUCCUAGUUAUGCCAAAAAUGAGAGAUACAAACCUCAUGAUACGGGUAUAAUUAACAAAGAUCUUGAAGAAUUCAUGCUCCCAGAGCAAAUUAGCCCAACAAAGAGGAAGCCAAAGAUCAAGCCAGUAUACUCCAAGACUAAUCUCUCUAAAGAGAGACUACCUUUGAUCUUUACUCGAAGAACUCACAAGAUCAGCGAAGCUGAUCAAAGUAGAUCGAGACCGAAGAAGGAACUGAGAGUGUACCAGGCUAAGCUUCCUGAACCUUGAAAAAGGGCUCAUAGGAUAGACACUUUCCGUAACUUCUCUCCUCUAUCACCACCUACACCUAGGUGAAGGUAUAGCUUCAUACCCCAUAAGUUGUUGGAAAACCAGAGUAAGUUAAGCCUUGCCAAGCCACUCAAGAAUAAACCUGAGAAAUAGCAAGACGGGUGAACUCUGCAGUCCAAAAAUGUUCAAGACAAGUUUCAAGCACUAUAGGAAGUUUAAAUCCAACUAUUUCAUUACCACUGGUCAGGAAG